GGGGAACAUCGUCUCCUCCAGGGGGGGAUGAUUCCUUGUGUGAGUGAGUGUUUGUGUGUUUGUGUGUGUGCGUGUUUUUACAUCGCCUUUUCUCCUCUGCUCGGGUUUCUGUGCCGGAGCUUACUCGCUGUUUGUCCCUGCGUAUUUCCUGUCCUCUCCCAUCAUCUCUUGAUUCUGUGCCUAGUGAUAUUGGCCUUGCUCUCUCGCUUGGUUCCGUUGCCCGAUAGCGUUGUACAGUGUGAUUCGCGGUAUUCUAAUUCGGCACUUGUGGACGUUGCGCGUGAUUUGGUCUCGAGGUUUCGGACGAUUAAGGGCUGCAAAUGUAUAGUUCGAUCGUGCAUUGGGUUCUGGAGCCAUGAUUUACCUUUUUCCUCACUUAGUUCCGUUAUUUGUUUAUUCCCAUUGAUUAAGGAUUUUGGCGUAGCUUGUGAUGGGCUUUUAAGAGUUCCUCUAUCAACCCGUGGAGUCGUGAAUUUUCUUUCGUGCGUUACGCUUGUCUGGUCUAAGCAUCCUUCCAUCCGUGGCAGCUCUUAGAAGCCGCGACGAAAGCCACCCCCAAGUGCGGUGUUUAUGAAAAAUUGUACAUCUCUGGGAAAGUCGUUUGUAAUUAGGGUUGAGGUUGAGUUAAGGUGUAGUGAUGCCGUGGACAAUCGGGUAGAGCACGGAAAAUUCAGUGUUGCCUCAAGGUUAAGUUGGGAAUUGGAUGCGCAGUGCGCUUUGAUCGAUGCAGGGAAGACAUUGAUUCGGGUGGGUGUCUAGCAAAGAGGGGAGCUGCAAAGGGCUUAGUGAUUGCAUAUUCUUAUCAUGGACGGCGCACUUGUUAGAAUCGGAACCGUUGAUCCUGUACCCUUCCCUUCAGAUCAUUAUCCUGAGUUGCAAGCAACUCCUCCUGCUACGAAGAAAAUCUGCAAGAGGUCUAGGAAUGGGCCAUCUUCUGGGAACGAUGCAAACAGGCGAGAAUAUUACGAAUGGAGUCACGGCGCUGUGGAUUCCUUGUUAGAUAUUUACGAAGAAAAAUAUUCUUCUCUGCAAAGGGGAAAUUUGCGAGGGCGGCAUUGGCACGAGGUUGCUAAUCACGUUAGUUCGCGUGAAGAUGGCACCAAAUCUGCCAAGACCAGCAAACAGUGUAAAAUGAAGAUUGAAAAUCUGAAGCGACGUUACAAGAUGGAGAAGACACACAGGAUGAGCAAUCCUGCGUUGGCAGGGACCAACCGGUGGCCUUACUACGAUAGAUUGGACAAUAUGCUUGGUUUUACUCCUAAAACUCUUGCCCUAGAUCAAAGAGAUUGCGCAGACACCACGCUUUCCGGUUCAGAACCCAUGUCCUCGCAAGAAGGAAAUCCGAAAUCAAAGGAAACAUUUACAGAACCGGUUAUGGAGUGCGAAGGGGAAAGUGAAAUGCCAGCUGCAGUACCUCUAACUGAGGAUAGAGACGUUUCACCAGACGUCGGGGAGGGUGAUCAAGAGCAAGGAGUUCCUCAUGCCGCCGCUGGAAACAGGAAAGACAGCAAAACAGAUGCUAGUGAAGUUAAUACCAUGUUGAAUAUGCCAGGUACAUCGGGUGCUAAGACUCGGAGCAAGCUUCCUGUGCGGGGUUCUCUUCCUAACCCAGGCGUACUGUUAGCCAACAGUAUUACAGCAUUUGCUGAGGUCAUAGCUCGGAUUGAGCAAGCAAAAAUGGAGAUGCACAAGGAUUUAGAGCGUCAACGUACGGAAGCUGAUCUGAAGCGAACUCAAAUGGUGUUAAAUAAUCAACUUGAGAUUGCAAAGCUCGUUAUAAAGGGUCGAAAGCGGAAAGGCCGUUCUUUACCGUCAUCUUCUGAAUCCGAUUAAGGUUAGGCCUCUCUUUUUCACAGCACUGAACGAGCUCAAUUUUGUUUAAGUACAGGUAGUUGAUUAUUGAGCUUAACUUGAAGCAUACUUUCUUUGACGGAAUUCAAACUGCCGGUAUUUCUCAGUGGUAUAUAUCUGCAAGUCCGCGUGACAUAAUUGUUCCAAGCGGGUGCAUUCUUCAGCAUGAUAAAUAGAAUAUUCCCUCGACCUGGUUUUAUUUUGGAUUGCGCUGGAAUUAUUUUUGAUGCUUAGUAUGUCUUUGCCGUGAAUGUGACCUGCAGAUACUAUGGAUUUUCUUUCCUUUAUAAAUAGAUGCAGGUUGAAUGGUGAGGAAAGCAAUGAAGAUGGGGGUGACGGCCUGUGUUCAGAUCAGGGGGAAGACUCGUCAAUGAAUGGGUUGAUAAAGGAUCUACUUAUUUUUUUGUGACUUGAACCGAUUCUAAAGUUAACAUUGAUUUUUCGUCACUUUUCUUAUUGAGCAGAAAUGUCCAUGAAUUGUAACAUGUUAGUUAAGCACUGUAUACAGCUUUUGCAUCAAGAUGCAAUUGAGGCUGCUACCGCCUACGAUGAGGAGGAGCACUUGGAAGAGUCUGUAUAGCAGCAGCCUUCAUCUGAUUAGAUGAACAUACGAACAUACUGUGCAGGGGUGUUAUUCUAUGACUAUUGAGGUUCAGCUACAAAACAGAAACGUAGAAUUAGCACAUUUUCUAUCCGUUACUGGAAGGAGAUGCCUGUAAUGUUCAGUGUGUGGGCGAACAUUAGAAGCUAUUGCCGAGGCAUGGAGAAUUCUUACAGACGUGGCUACAGGUUUGUAGAGUAAAAUUCAGUGUCUGGCUUUCGUCUCGUGGAUUACCUCACGAUUUUGUGAAAAACUUGACAAGAAGAUUUAUACUAAUAUUGAGAGAUUGGGAAAGCAGUUGCAAUGGCAA